GCCGCGUUACCAAGGCCGCUCACACAGCUCCCUAGCAACCAACCGGAACCUGCAUUCGCCCCUCCCAUGAAAGUGACGCCAGCAGUCACCUAACUGUUCGUGUGUUUUUUUCUCGAUACAAUAAACUUUAUUGCUAGUAGACAAUGCUGAAUUGGAACUUUGUAGAUAAGAGUCCAUCUUCUCCUUGGCAACCAAACAGUGACUCAUUGGCUACAUUUAGCGCACCGGCUACAGCUGUGGAACCUGCAGAACGUUUGUUAGCCUUCUAACAAAUCUCGGUUUCAUUUAGGCAUGUGUUAUGGUUAUGGAAAGGUAGCAGUGUGAUAUAGAGAUCUACACCUAUCGCAAUGGGGACAGCUUCAUCCCUGGUAAGCCCUGGCGAGGUGAUUGAAGAUACUUAUGGUGGUGGUGGUGGAGAGGCUUGUGAGAUUCCUGUAGAAGUGAAGCCCAAAGCACGUCUUCUCCGCAGCUCUUUCAGACGUGGCCCUAGAGUAAUUGGGGCCAGUUUUAAAUCCACUGCAUCAGUGGACCUGGAAUAUGCUGCUGAAUAUGAGCGGCUGAAGAAGGAGUAUGAAAUAUUUCGGGUCAGCAAGAAUAAUGAGAUUGCUUCCAUGCAGAAGAAAGAGGUGAAACUGGAUGAGGAAAAUAAAAGGCUGAGAGCGGAGUUACAGGCACUUCAGAAGACUUAUCAGAAGAUCUUAAGAGAGAAGGAGAGUGCAGUUGAAGCUAAAUACCAGGCCAUGGAAAGGGCUGCCACCUUCGAACAUGACAGAGAUAAGGUGAAAAGACAGUUUAAGAUCUUUAGAGAAACAAAAGAAAAGGAGAUCCAGGAUUUACUCAGAGCCAAGAGAGACCUUGAGGCUAAGUUCCAAAGACUGCAGGCCCAGGGAAUACAGGUGUUUGAUCCUGGCGAAUCAGAUUCUGACGACAAUGACACAGAAGUGACAGUUCCUGGCACGCAGUGCGACUACUGGACCAGUGGAGCACUAGGCAGCGAGCCUUCCAUGGGCAGCAUGAUGCAGCUCCAGCAGUCCUUCCGAGGCCCAGAGUUCGCUCACAGUUCUAUUGAUGUUGAAGGGCCAUUCGCAAAUGUAAACAGAGAUGAUUGGGAUGCAGCAGUAACCAGCUUGCUACAGGUCACACCUCUCUUCUCUCAGUCUCUGUGGAGUAACACUGUGCGUUGUUACCUUAUAAGCACGAAGGAUACCCAGGCUGAACUGGAUGUUUUUCUGAGGGAAUAUUCCCCAAAGCUUCAGAGGAUUUGUGAAACAUUGGGCUAUUUUUUCCAAGUGGUGCAUUUCCCGGAAGAAUGUGAAAACCAGUACAUUGCUGUGCGGAAGAUGGAAAUUGAGAAGAGCUCUAUGGUUAUAUUAUUCAUGUGUUCCUCGUUAUCCAGCUCUCUGUGGGAGGACUGUAAGGAAGCAUUCCUGAAGAAUACUGAGGCGAAGCCUCGGAUUGUUUAUCACAAAAUUGAGGAUGGCGACAGCAGCUCAGACUGCAUACAGCAGCUAAUAGAGCAUGAUCCAAAUAAAACAAAUAAAACUAAGAUAAUUGACCACUGUGGAGAUCCGGAAGAAGGAGCAUAUAAAACAUUUUGUGAAGUAGAACAGGUCAUACAACAGGAUUUGCUUGGUGGUGAGAUCUCAGACCCUGAAGCCAAGGAUGACCCGGCGGUUCAGGAAGAUGAUGACUUUGGAGAUGUGCUGUGGGAUGUUCAUGAUGAACAGGAGCAGAUGGAGGCUUUCCAGCAGGCCUCUCACUCUACGUGUGAGCUGGGAUUUGACAAGUAUUAUGAUCGCUUGAAUGAUUUAGUGGCUGCUCCUGCACCAAUUCCACCUCUCCUCAUAUCUGGGGGACCAGGCUCUGGGAAAUCUCUUCUCCUUUCAAAGUGGAUUCAGCUUCAGCAAAAACAUUCCCCAAGCACUCUUAUGCUGUAUCACUUUGUUGGGAAACCAUUGUCAACCAGCUCAGAGCCGGCAUUGAUCAUUAAAAGACUGACUCUCAAGCUAAUGCAACAUUCCUGGUCAGUGUCAUCAUUCUCAAUGGAUCCUGGGAAGUUCUUAGAAGAAUUCCCUCACUGGCUUGAAAAACUUUCCAUUCGCUACCAAGGCAACAUCAUCAUCAUUAUUGACUCCAUUGACCAGAUAGAGCAAUCUGAAAAACAUAUGAAAUGGUUAAUUGACCCAUUACCUGUGAAUGUUCGAGUAAUUGUCUCUGUGAAUGUUGAAACUUGUCCCCAGGCAUGGAGGUUGUGGCCCACUCUUCAUCUCGAUCCAUUGACCUCAAAGGAUGUGAAGUCACUUAUAAAUGUUGAAUGUGGUGGAGCCAAUAUUGUUUUGACCAAAGAACAGGAGAGAAAAUUGGAGAGACACUGUCGGUCUGCCACUACCUGUAAUCCUUUAUAUGUAACGCUACUAGCCAGAAUACUCAUCUGGGCAGGGAGCAUGGGAAAUGUUGCCGAUGUUUUACAGAAAUGCCUGCAGUGCCAGGAUACAGUGUCAUUAUAUAGACUUGCACUCCGAUCUGUGCAGGACUUUAUGCCGACUGCAAAAGACAAGGACCUAAUGAGGGAGAUACUUUCCCUGAUCAGCAUCAGCCACAAUGGAGUGAGUGAAUGUGAACUGAUGGAGCUCUGUUCUGGACUCACAUGGCCAAUAUUAACAUUCUUGGUGUAUCACCUGCAUAAGAUGGUAGCCCUGCGAUAUAGCUGUGGGCUGCUUCAGUUUCAGCACCUCCAGGCAUGGGAAGCUGUGAGACUGGAAUAUAUGCAAGGAGGCCAGAAUAUUGUGUCUGAGUACAGAGAGAAACUCAUACAAUACUUUACCACACAACUAAGUCGAGACCGAGUGACAUGGAGAAGCGCAGAUGAGCUAACGUGGCUGUUCCAGCAGCAGGGGGAGAAGCAGAAGCUGCACCGGUGUCUCAUGAACCUCUUUGUAUCGCAGAACCUUUACAAAAGGGGCCAUUUUGCUGAAUUGCUAAGUUACUGGCAACUUGUGGGAAAGGACAAGAUCUCAAUGGCCACAGAAUACAUUGAUGCGCUAAAGCAGUACGAGAAAAGCUGUGAGGGAGAAGAGAGCAUGACUUGCCUGGCAGACUUGUAUGAAACACUGGGGCGCUUUCUCAAAGACUUGGGUCUCCUCAAUCAGGCUGUGACACCUCUUCAGCGUUCCCUGGAGAUUCGAGAGACUGCUCUAGAUCCAGAUCAUCCCAGUGUGGCCCAGUCACUGCACCAGCUGGCAGGGGUUUAUGUGCAGUCCAAGAAGUUUGGGAAUGCAGAACAGCUCUAUAAGCAGGCUCUAGAAAUAAGUGAAAAUGCCUAUGGCAGCGAGCACCUGAGAGUAGCUUGGGAACUAAAUGCCUUGGCUGUGUUGUAUCAGAAGCAGAACAAGUAUGAGCAAGCAGAACAACUGAGGAAAAGAGCAUUAAGAAUCCGACAGAAGGCUGCAAAAAGAAAAGGGAGCAUGUAUGGGUUUGCCUUAUUAAGACGCCGUGCUCUUCAACUGGAGGAACUCACACUGGGCAAAGACACUUCGGACAAUGCCAGAACACUAAACGAACUCGGAGUUCUCUAUUAUUUGCAGAAUAACUUAGAAACAGCGGAAAUGUUUCUUAGACGUUCACUGGAAAUGAGAGAGCGAGUUCUGGGCCCAGAACACCCGGACUGUGCCCAGUCGUUAAACAAUCUGGCUGCUUUAUACAAUGAGAACAAGCAGUAUGACAAGGCAGAGGAAUUGUAUGAGAGAGCGCUAGACAUUCGCAGGAGAGCUCUAUCUCCAGACCACCCAUCAUUGGCCUAUACUGUGAAACAUCUUGCUGUGCUCUACAAGAGAAAAGGAAAGCUUGAUAAAGCCGUACCUCUUUAUGAGUUGGCUGUAGAAAUACGUCAGAAGUCAUUUGGUCCCAAGCACCCCAGUGUUGCCACAGCCUUGGUGAAUCUUGCUGUGCUGUACUGUCAGAUGAAGAAACAAGUGGAAGCACUACCUUUAUAUGAGCGUGCUAUGAAGAUCUAUGAGGACAGCCUGGGUCGUAUGCACCCCAGGGUGGGAGAAACGCUCAAAAAUUUAGCUGUACUAAGGUAUGAAGAGGGUGACUUUGAAAAAGCAGCAGAACUCUAUAAAAGGGCAAUGGACAUUAAAGAAGCAGAGACAUCUGUACUAGGGGCAAAAGCUCCCUCUGGUCACUCAUCCAGCGGGGGUGAAACAUACAGCCUCAGGAACACAUUACCAGUGACUGCAUUCACUGAAUAAAGGGAUCAAAACCUAAUUUAAAAUAUUGCGACUGUAAAGAGAAAAAAACUAGAAAGUCUGAUACACAAGAUCUUACCGCUUUAAGUGAUCUUAGGAACUGGCAUUAAUCCAACAUGCUACAGUAAGUCUUACUGCUGCAGAAAAUCCUGAUACGCCAUCACCCCUGCAAUAUUUGCACUUCAGCUCCCAUGUGUGAAAUUUACAAGAUGCCAAUCCCUAUAUUAGUCAUUAUUAGUAUGCCAUCAUGAAAAUACAGUUUUUAUAAUAUAGCUCACCUGUAUAUUCUGCAUUAUUUGGUUCUUGGGUAUGUCACCUCCAUUAGUUUUUUUCAUUUACUGUAAGUGAAGUCAGACAUGCUGAUGGGAUCAUGCUGUUGUAGUCUUUCUUGGCUGUAUCAAAACACUCUGAAGAUUCAGGGCUCCAUUUAAUAAACAAUUGUUAUUACCA